AUGACUGACGCAGACAGAUCGGAUGCCACACAAGUUGCAGCGGAUGAUGAUGCGUUGCCCUUCUUCAGGAUGCCUAGGAAACAGGAUGACGCGUUGUCGCCGUGCAAAAAGCCAACGUCGAUGCCCAUCACGACCCCCGUCGAGAGCCCAACAACACCGAAGCAAUCUUCGGCAUGGCCCGAAUAA